GGUUGGUCUCCAAGUCCAUAAAGAGUUAGGCAGGAUAGUGCUGAGGCAUCACUGGACAGCAUUAAAACAACCGUCUGUCCAGGGCUGCGUUACAGCCACCCACCGCAGCCCUCCUCUCUGCCACUGCAGUCCCACGUUCUGUACCACUACUGCCCUGUUGGCCGGAUUAACUCAUAGAACGGUGAAAAGACCAAACAGACAUCAUGUCUGAGAAAAAGAUGUCAUCGAGCCGCAAGCAUCAUCUGAAGAGCCUGAUGCUCCAGAUCGCCCAGGAACUGAUAGCGGAAGAGGAAGCCCAGUCUUUAGAGGACAGGAAGCAGUACAUGAGUGAAAAUAUCACUCCUCUGCAGCUCACAGGAUCCAUUGCAGAACUCCAGGACCUGUGUAAGAAGAUGCACCAGAAGAUUGAUGUGAUAGAUGAGGAGAGAUACGACCUGGGCAGCAAAGUUGGCAAAAGUGACAAAGAGAUUGAGGAUCUGCAGAUUAAAGUACAGGACCUCAAGGGCAAGUUCAAGAAGCCCGUCCUGAAGAAAGUCCGCAUGUCUGCUGAUGCUAUGCUCCAGGCUCUGCUGGGCUCCAAACACAAGGUGUCCAUGGAUCUGAGGGCCAACCUGAAACAAGUCAAGAAGGAGGUCAAGGAAGAGGACAAAGAAUCUGUGGGUGACUGGCGUAAGAACAUCGAAGACAAAUCAGACAGAAAGAAGAUGUUUGAGACUACGAAGGAGUAGAUGUUACUGGAGUUCCAGACAGGAAGUAGUUUGAGACUCAUAAGGAGUAGAUGUUACUGGAGUUCCAGACCGGAAGUAGUUUGAGACUCAUAAGGAGUAGAUGUUACUGGAGUUCCAGACAGUUUGUUUGUUUUUCGUCUCUGGCUAAAUUCAUCUAAGAGGUAGUUCCAUCUCUCUAGGACUGUUGUGACAGGUGUUAAUGAAUUGUUAUGAUAUCUAAGAGGUAGUUCUAUCUCUCUAGGACUGUUGUGACAGGUGUUAAUGAAUUGUUAUGAUAUCUAAGAGGUAGUUCCAUCUCUCUAGGACUGUUGUGGCAGAUGUUAAUGAAUUGUUAUGAUAUCUAAGAGGUAGUUCCAUCUCUCUAGGACUGUUGUGGCAGAUGUUAAUGAAUUGUUAUGAUAUCUAAGAGGUAGUUCCAUCUCUCUAGGACUGCUGUGACAGGUGUUAAUGAAUUGUUAUGAUAUCUAAGAGGUAGUUCCAUCUCUCUAGGACUGCUGUGACAGGUGUUAAUGAAUUGUUAUGAUAUCUAAGAGGUAGUUCCAUCUCUCUAGGACUGCUGUGACAGGUGUUAAUGAAUUGUUAUGAUAUCUAAGAGGUAGUUCCAUCUCUCUAGGACUGCUGUGACCGGUGUUAAUGAAUUGUUAUGAUAUCUAAGAGGUAGUUCCAUCUCCCUGGGACUGUUGUGACAGGUGUUAAUGUGUGUAAUCAAAUCAAUCUGUAGUUCUGUUAAGUAAUUUUGUUCCAAUUCAAUUUCUGAAAAUAAAUGAUUUGCUGAAAAAAAAAUA